UGUUUUUCGCAUUGUGUAGUUUGGUCGCACGUUUAGCUUCUUUAGCGACUGGCUUUUGAGUUACCUUUGCCGAGUUUGUCAUGUGCCUUUGGUAUAUGAAGUACUGUAAUUUUAGUCCGCAUACUCGCACUAAAUUACUACCAAUUUAAUUUGAAACUACGCAGUUUUUGCUUUUUUUAUGGUAGCUAGAAAUAUAUAUUUUUAUUUUUCCUAUUUACUUUUCGCUUGUUCUAUCACUUGUACAAAUUGCACCAGAAAACGAUAUCAUUUUAUUUGGGGCCGUAUGAGGCUCAGUGGGUUAGGCCUCUGUGCCUGUGAUCGGGGGCUAUUUAAGUCUUCGGGAAGUUAUCGAGCGGUGCUGCGUUGGACUGCUAACCCUUCGCUCGGAUCAUAGUCAUCGCUCUCCCAGAGGGGAUUUGCAGGAAAAACACAUACCUCUAUUCUUACUUGCCUAAUUGGCAAAGCAUCAUGUCUUAUUCUGGAUCUUAAUUUCUUGUGGCACAUGACCUCGUUAGUGCUGUAAAUUCGGUUUACUCUGGAUGUGCCUGUCGCUAUAUAAUCCGUUAGUAAUGGGAUGCUUGCUUUAUUAGUUUAUGUCUGAAAUGCAGAGCCCUUGUAUUAAAUGUAAUUGUUUUGCAGGUGUUUGGUGAAAAUGUGUUGUAUUUCGGUGGGAGUUUUGAAAAACUGGGAAUGGGACUUCCCUUUUGGCUAGAGGUGGACUGCUGUUUACUCCUGGGUAUCAGAUGCUGCUGGGGGUAGAUGAAAGUAUUGCCUCUUGCACGUGGCCUGGCCUGCAUGCCAACAGGUAUUCUUAGGCCACCAGAUGCUUUGUUCAGGACUACAUAUAUGAAGGUGUGUCUUGUUGCAGGAGCCUUCAGAACAUCUCUGGGUGCUUAGAUGCAGGCUUGGCUUCUGCUCUCUACCAUGACAUGCUGCCUUGGAAAUGCAGGUAAACAUGACGCUGGUGAGGGCUGCCACCCCAUCCUGAUAGGUUCCCGAUGAUGCCUUUUCUCAAAUGUCUGACCUGAAACACAAUGUCGACAUGCAUCCGACUGAGGAGCACGUUAAGGAUGUUGAUUCUGUCCUUGGCUUGCUGUGGUCUCUGACCUGUGCCUCUUCCUAGGUGGGAACCUUGGAGCUGUGGCUUCCAUGAGAUCGGGCUGUCACUGAGGGAGAUGGGUCUUCAUGAGAAGAUGGCUGAAGAAAAAGGCGUGUGGAUAGAAAUGGAUUCUGCCUGUUGUCUUUAACCUGUCCUUUAGUAUUGUACACAAUUGUGGGCUUUUGUAGCCCCCACCUACCCACCCAACACAACCACAAAUGCAAUACUUAAUACUGUCAAAAUGAUGUGGUCACUUUGGUUUAUGUGCUGUCUGUGGAACGAAUAAAAUGGUUUUUCGACACUAUACUGCCAUCUCUUUUGUGAAGUCUCUGAAUUGUAUACAUCAAACUAGUAUGCCUAAUGGCUACGAUGUUUAAACAUGGUAGGCAAGACAUCAGUGGUGGGGUAAGCUCAGUGCCUAUGAGUAUAAAUUAAGCAUAAGUGUGACAUCCUUGUACUAGUGCCAUUUUUGUACCUCUGGUGAAUGACCCACUAACUUGUUACAAGGGUGCAGCUUUGGGCCUGUAAACUACAUGCAUGGUAUGGGCCAGAAACUGCUUUUAGAAAUGGGGGAAGUUGAGACAACUUAUUGAGGGUUAUCUUAUCAGGGGUGAAACACUUUCAUCCCUUCAUUUUGUAAUCAGUAGUUCAAAUUUACCUAGUUGGGCAACCCCUUGUUAUGUGGCCUCGGUCCAGCGGUCAGUUGGGGAAUGUCACUGGGUUUGGAUGCACUCAGAAGGGCCACCUUCCCGGAUCGUACGUGGAAUGUCUCAGUCGCUUUUCUGCCAGCAGUGCUGGAAUCGAUGCAUAAUGUUAAAGCGAAAACCGGUGAUACCCGUCGCCGGCGCGGGAGGAUGUGACGUUUAGGCAGCGAAACCCUUUCCCGUGCCAGUCCUUUCAUAAGAGGACCGGAGCGUCUGCUGGGCCCAUCGUUUGAAUGGAACCGAUUUAUAUGCUUUUCCUUUCUCCUGUGUUUUUUCUAUCCCAAUGAUGAUUUUUCGAUUUUUGCCCCUAUUCUGGGCAUUUUCUGUAAAAGCGGAUUUCUUCCAGUUUGAAACAAUUUCAAACGUAUCGACGUAUUAUUUUAAUUAUAUUUACUGUAAUAUCUGGGAAGGCGAUUGUCAGCCGCACCAGGAAGAUGCUACACAGAAAGUUCCCUCCAGGGACUUGCUGUCGACGCUCCCGCAGGACUGCAUGCGGUCUCUGGUUGAAUGGUACUGCGCUUUAGGACAGUGCUGUGACACAGGCGAUUGUCGUAUUAUAAAUAAUAUUACAGGACUGGCCAGGGAUCUGGAGCUGAGGCUGCAUGGGCAGCACCUCGCCCAGUCUGUAGUUCUGAAGGCGAUAGAGGGCUUUCUGAAAAGCCCCGAUCCAAACAAGCCUUUGACCCUGUCCUUCCAUGGCUGGUCAGGGACAGGAAAAAACUUUGUUGCCCGACUAAUUGCGGAGAACUUGUACCGUGAUGGACUGAAGAGUGAAUGUGUGACUCUGUUCAUUGCUCCGUUCCACUUUCCACAUGCCAGGCUGGUGGAUGUCUACAAGAGCCAGCUGAAGGAGGCGAUCCGGGACUCUGUAGUUCGCUGCCACCAGGCUCUCUUCAUUUUUGAUGAGGCAGAGAAGCUGCAUCCCGGCCUUAUUGAUGCCAUCAAGCCCUUCGUGGACCAUUAUGACCACGUGGAUGGGGUCAGCUAUCAGAAGACCAUCUUCCUCUUCCUCAGUAACAUCGGCGGAGCCGUUAUCAGCGAGGUGGCUCUGGACUUCUGGCACUCGGGGCAGAACCGAGAGGACAUCGGGAUGGAGGAUCUGGAGCAUCAGCUGCGGUCUGAAGCCCUGGAGUCACAAGGAGGCUUCUCUCAAAGCCAGCUGAUGUCAGGCCACCUGAUAGAUUUUUUCGUGCCCUUCCUGCCGCUAGAGUACCGUCACGUCAAACUCUGUGCCCGCGAUGCCUACAUGGCACGCGGGUUGCGACCCAGCGAGGAGACCCUAGAUGAUGUGGCAAGGGCUAUGCUGUACUUACCCAAGGAGGAAAAGCUUUUCUCAGCACAGGGGUGCAAAUCCAUACCCCAGAGGAUCAACUUUUUUCUCCCCUAAAAGGGACAUCUAUACCAACAACUCUGUAAUUCCCAGAAAGAAACGGGUGAAAAAUGGAGAAAAGGAACAAAGACGUCUGUUUAUUUCUCCUGAAGGAUUCCACCCCUCAACUCUGCUAACUGGGUGGUCCAGUUUGUCUCUGAGGAGACAUUCAGUCAUGUUGUAUGUUAAGGGAGUUAUGUUCACUUUUGUUAUGGUUGUUUUAUAGUUAUUUCCCAAGCAUUGUCAUUUGUGUUAGUCUACCUACAAGCACUAUAUGUAUGUUAGUCUACCUCAGGUUAAAGCCAUUAUCACCGGA